AUGCACAUCGGUAAACAAGAAGCAGCAGCAAAGGCAUCAGAGGAGUCCCGGAUGAUCGUGAUGAAGGAUUAUAACGUUUGUUUAACGAGCGUCGUCUUCGUCAAUGAAAACGAAAACGAAAACCCAUUAACGAAGCGUCUAUGUAAACUUACUUGGUUAAACAACGAACAAGUCAAGAUCUCUCAAGUCUUUCACUGUGAUGGUUUGGUGUUAUGCGUCUUGAAAGAUGACAAUACUAGGCUUGUGGUUUGUAAUCCGUACUUGGGGCAAACAAGAUGGAUCGAGACCAAAUGUUCUCACAACCUUGACAAGUACAAGUACGCUAUCGGGUACGAGAGUAAGAUAUCUUGUCGUAGGUACAAGAUCUUGAGGUUUAAGGAUGUCUACAUCGGUUACGGUGUCACUAAUAACCACCUUUUACCCUAUGAAACCUAUGAUUUUGACUCUAAUUCAUGGACGCUUCAUAAAUUGAUUGCACCUUGGAAUAUAGCGUUUCGUGAUCGUGGCGUGUCUCUCAAGGGAAACACUUAUUGGUGUGCCACAGACGGACGAGGACUUAUCCAUCACACUGUCUGUUUUGAUUUCACAAGAAAGAGAUUUGGGGGGCUUCAAGAUCUGCCAUUUCAUUAUUCGUAUAAACAGCUUGUGGCUCUGUCUUGUGUGAGAGAUGACAAGCUUUCGCUAUUAGUUCAGUCCAUGGGCACGUUUGCGAUAAGUAUAUGGAUUACGGAUAAGAUCGAGGAGCAAAAGGUGGCGUCGGGCAAGUCCUUGAGAGUGGAUGAUACGGCCACAAAGGUGUCGUGGAGCAAGUUCUUGAGAAUGGAUAUAGGACCACUCGCUGACUUGAGGAUUUCAGAUGGACGUUUCUUCAUCGAAGAGGAGAAGAAAGUCGCCAUGGUUGUGAAUAAAGACAUUGAAGCAAGAUUAGAUACAGUGAAGAUCUUUGGAGAGGAUGGAUACUUUAGGGAAUUGGAACUCGGAGAACCUUCUGACAGAUGGUGUUGGCCAGUUAUGUGCUCUUAUGUUCCGAGUUUAGUGCAAAUCACGCUACCUAAAGUAGGCAAGAGGAAUAGUGAAAUGCUCAAGAAGAUGGCAAAAAGGAGUAAACGAGACUGA